AUGAACAAUUCAUGUCAAAUUAUAAUUCAAUUAUUAGUUCAUGGGAUCUUGUUUAUUGGUUUUGAUCUCUCACCAAAAGUUGUUCCAUUUGUUGAUAUUGAUUGUCGUGAUCAUACGAAUACAUCAUAUUAUUUGAACAGUUAUGCAUUAGAUUUUUUUAAACAAAGUUCUGAAGCAUCAUUAGUUAAUGAAAAUGGUUUAAGUCCCGGUGAUACAUAUAGUCUUUUACGGGAUCUUCAUCUUAUACUUUCGUCUGUUAAAACAUCAUUAGAAGUAAUAAUAAAUAAUGAACAAAAACAGACUACAAACAAUGAUUUAGUAAUAUUUGAGCCAUUGUACAGAACAUUAUCCAAUGUGCAAAAUAUUUUUUCAAGAAAGUUUCAAAGACAAUAUCUAAGUCGAAAUCAAAUGUAA